CCUCAUAUUAUAGCAAUGUAAGUUAAUCAUAACAUGAUUCUCCGGGUUACCUAAUCUUACAAUCUUCUUCCUAACAUGAGUUUGACAUGGAAGUUAUCCCACGUAGUCACAGUCAUAAACGCAGAAAACGUGGCAGAACAUAAUUAGACAACAACAUCAGAUGCACAACGUUACCAAACAACCACUCCGUCCCAAACAAAGUCCUUUGUCAACCUCAAAACCAAACCUCCCAACGUUUAUUCAACGACGUUGGGCGGUUUGGUACCUCAAGUGAUCCUUAACAUUAACAUUUACUCAUUAAUUCACAUGACACCAAUAACAAACACUAACUGCAAAAAUUUCUCUCUAAAGCAAAUAAAAGCUUAACUUGGCUUUGAACCUUUCUGCUUCUGCUACAUUCCGUUGCAUGGGAACAAGGAAGGAAUAAACAACAAUGACAGGAUUCUCAGAGGAAGGAAGCUCCCAUGGAAAAAAGUAUGGAAAGUUGAAGAAAGACGAAUUCGAUGGUUAUAACUCUGACAACCAUCCAAGAAAAAAUAGCCCUGUGACGUUGGAGGCACCUCUUUUGGAUCCUCAAAUGGCAACAGAUCACACUGCUUACGACCCUUCCCUUUCUCCCUUAUCGAAAUCGCCAUGGUCCUCUCACAUGAACGAAGGACCGUCGACCUCCAACAACAACGAGGCUCUGAUAGGGUCCCUGGUCCGAGAAGAGGGCCACAUCUACUCCCUCGCUGCAACGAAGGACUUGUUAUACACGGGUUCGGAGAGUAAAAACAUUCGCGUGUGGAAGAACCAGAAGGAGUUCACGGGGUUCAAGUGCCACAGCGGGUUGGUGAAAGCGAUCGUGAUCGCGGGGGAAAAGAUCCUCACGGGACACCAAGAUGGAAGGAUAAGAGUGUGGAAAGUUUCAGGGAAAAACGACCACCAACACAAGCGUGUGGCAACGUUGCCGACGUUAAGAAACUACAUAAAAUGUUCGGUGAAACCGAGUAAUUACGUGGAAGUGAAACGACAUCGUAACGUGUUGUGGAUCAAACACUACGACGCCAUUUCAUGCCUGGGCGUGACGGAGGAUCAUUGUUAUAUAUACUCUGCGUCGUGGGAUAGAACUUUCAAAGUGUGGCGAACGUCGAAUUUCAAGUGUCUGGAGUCUGUGAUAGCCCAUGACGAUGCUCUCAAUGCGCUUGUUGUGGGGUUCGACGAUUUGGUUUUCACGGGCUCAGCUGACGGCUCGGUUAAGAUUUGGCGGCGGGAGGUUCAUGGGAAAGGGACAAAACAUUUUUUCACGCACACGUUGUUGAAGCAAGAGUGUGCGGUGACGGCGUUAACGAUGAGCGGCGAGGGGAGUCUUUUAUACGCUGGUUCUUCCGAUGGGUUGGUGAAUUUUUGGGUGAGAGAGACAAAUUUGGAGCACAGGGGCACAUUAAGGGGACACGAGUUGGCGAUUUUGUGUUUGGCUGCUGCAGGGAGUUUGGUCUUCACUGGGUCUGCUGACAUGUCCAUAUGCGUGUGGAAGAGGUCACUGAGUAAUGAGCACACGUGCCUUAAUGUUCUAUCGGGCCACUCUGGCCCAGUUAAGUGUCUGGCGGCGGAGAGGGAUCUGGAAGGCAUGUGCAACGAGCGACGGUGGAUUUUGUACAGUGGUAGUUUGGAUAAGUCCGUUAAGAUGUGGAAGGUCUCCGAGAAUGCAACUGCCCUACACAACCCUCAACCACCGAGGCAUAGUGUUGAUCACUUCCCCAUUGUUUCAUCAUUGAAGAAAGUGGGGUCCAAAUUCUAGUUCCAACAACAUAAACAUCUGUGUGUAAUAAUAGGUUGGUUAAUUAGUUAGCAUGUAAUGAACGAACAGCUUUGGUUUUUCUGAUAUGUUCUCUUCCAACAUUUAUGUUUAUACUGUGGCAACGAUUUCGUAUUUUUGAAGAGGAAAA